AUGGCACGACUUUCAUGUAGUAUCACACGGCAUUAUGUCUAUAUUCAUCGAUUGAUAUACAAGCACAUGGAUGCUGUCAAAAAAGGCGACCUUGCUGCUAUUAAGAAGCUUGCUUUGGAAAAGAGUUCAGAAUAUGUGCGCACUCUGCGUGACUUGAAUGCCAAUACUAUUUUGCAUAUAUCUUGCCACAAAGCUUUAAAUCCACUAUUUGAAUAUGCAAUGCAAUUGGAGGUUGAUGUCAAUGCAGUCAAUUGUGCUGGUGAUACCGCUCUCAUUUUGUCCACAAAACGCGGUGACUUGCACCAGAUGGAAAAGCUGAUUGCUGCGAAUGCAGAAGUUGGUAGAGCAAAUGAUCAUGGUAAUACACCGCUGCAUUAUGCUGCAUUUUGGAGACACACAGAGGCUGCCACGCUUUUAGUAAAAACUGCCAAUGCGUAUGUGAAUACCCAAAACAUUCAUGGCAAGACUCCUAUCCAAAAAACUAGCGGAGCGCUUCAAAAGACUUUGCAAGAUUUUGCCAAAGAACAAGGUGACACUAUAAUCAAAGCUGAAACUCGAACAAAAUUGCAAAUCAGCAAGGCAAUCUCGAAUGCAUUCAAAACUCCAGUUUAUUAUGAUUGGGCCAUACAGUCAUCAGCUAUUCAGAUUCUGGCACCCAUAUCACAGACACGAACAGCAAUUGUAUAUCAAGGUGUGUGGAAAACAAAGCCAGUAGCAGUAAAAUUACCUGCUGUUUCUAGCGAUUUAUCUGAAGAUGCGAUUGGUGCAAUCGCAAAUGAGAUUUCUGCAAUCAGAAAUGCCAGCCAUGGGUCACUUUUACCUAUUCUUGCUGCGUGUAUCACUCCACCAGACAUGUGUUAUCUUACAGAAUACAUUGAAAAUGGAAACCUUUCAACACUGUUGCAUAAUCCGGCAAUUGAAAUGUCACCUGGAUAUGCAAUGAGGAUUGCUACCGAUAUCAUACAGGCAUUGGGAUACCUUCACGAACAAAAACCACCCAUAAUUCAUGGCAAUCUUAAAAGCGCCAAUGUUAUGCUAACUGAUUACGGAUUUACCACAAGUUUAUUCAAUUCACGCAACAUGUUUCCUAAUUUUUUAAAUGAUGUUGAAUGGCUUGCGCCUGAGAUAUUGGCUGGUGAAAUCAUCACAGAUCUAAAAGGAAUUGAUAUUUACGCCUUUGGAAUGUUGCUGCACGAGAUUGUGACACGAAUGCAUCCUUAUCAAAUCAUGAAUGCCAUGGCAAUCGGUAUACGAGUAGUGGUCGAAGGACAACGACCAGAAAUACCUGUCUAUGUUCCAAAAGCAUUGGCACAAGUCAUACAGCAAUGCUGGCUUGAAGAUCAACUCAAGCGACCUACGGCCAAGAGUGCGCAGAGUUUUCUUGCUGCUAUUAGAUUAUAA